AAAAGAAAACAGAUCAUCAAUAUGAUCUCGAGGGAAAGAAAACGAAGCAAGGAAAAAAAUGUGAUGUUGUUCUUCAUGUUUGCAGGAAUACAAAAGAACAAGAACAAAAUGGUUCUUCGCUGGGAAUGAAGAUGUAG